CAAACUUUUUGAAUGUCUGUUUGGGAGGAUUGCUGGAAUCCUUGCAAAUAGAUAUUUGACCCCACCUUGUUGGUAAUAUUUUUAUUGAUUCUCAGAUAUGGAACAUUUUGGUAUUAACUGUUUUUUUAAUGUUUAGCGCUCUGCAUUGCGUUAGAGAAACCUCUGACUGUAUAGCACAAGCUGUACCAUAUGAGAUAUUAUGGCUAAUAUCCUCCCUCCAGCUGAUCCACGAGUUGAAAAUUGGCCACUAAUGAAAGAUCCAACACCUGUGUUUGUUACUGUUCUACUGUAUCUAAUUUUUGUUCUCUGGUUGGGUCCAAAAAUUAUGAAAAAGCACCAAACACCGUUUAACCUACGGCCACUUAUGAUCAUUUACAACAUUUCUCUAGUUCUGCUUUCGAGUUGGCUAGUGUACGAAUUUGCUGUUUCAGGAUGGUUUACAGGAUAUUCGCUUGGUUGUCAAUCUAUUGAUCAUUCAAGAAGACCGAUUGCUAUGCGUAUGGCUAGUACUUGCUGGUUUUUUUUCAUUUCCAAAAUAAUUGAAUUAUUUGACACCGUAUUGUUUAUCCUCCGAAAGAAAUUUGAGUUAGUUAGCUUUCUUCAUGUUUUUCAUCAUGCAAUCAUGCCUAUUUCCUGGUGGUACGGUGUGAAGUAUGUUCCAGGUGGUCUAGGAACUUUUCAUGCAUUUUUAAAUUGUAUCGUCCACGCCUUUAUGUAUACUUACUAUGGUUUGGCUGCAGCUGGACCUCGUUUUCAAAAGUAUAUAUGGUGGAAAAAAUACUUAACUGCAGCUCAAAUAACCCAAUUCAUCAUUAUUAUUUUUCACUCAACAUAUGCAUUGAGUAUAACCGAUUGUAAUUACCCCAAAUUUUUCAGUUAUUGGAUUUUGGCAUCAGCAUUGAUUUUUCUUAUUUUAUUUUCCAAAUUCUAUUACAAAGCCUACGAGAAACCAGUUCAUUCAUUAAAUGGAUUAAUAGCUGAUAAUAAAUACCAUAAUAAAGCUCAUUAAAUUACCUUGUUCGGGUUUGUGUUUGUUUUCUAAAUCUAAUAGAAAUCAGUAGUAAUGAUAACAGUCAUUAUAGUUGCAUAGAUCGGAAUCUAUUGAAUACAUAUAUAUAUAAGGAUCUUUCUCUUUUUUCUUACAUCAGUUCAUCAUUCUUUAUGGUUGUUCAUCGUGAUAAACGUAAUAAUUCUUUAUGAUAUUUUCUCUAUGAUAUUACAUUAGCUUCUUUUAUUGUUUGCUUUUUUUGAUGUAGAAUAUUUUAUUUUGUAAAAGAUACAUCAUUCAAUUUUAUAAUUUUAUAUGCGCACACACACACACAUAAACUUGCAUAUUCACACAAAUGAUUAUACAUGUAUCUAUGUACAUUUUUGUUACAAAUACAUUGUUCUAAUUGUAUAUUAAUAAUGUUCUCUUUUUAUAGUUAAAUAUUAUCAAUUUAAU